CAAGCCUACAGAGAUUGCUAUGGAGCAAGUAGCAGGACGGAAGAAGAGCAAGUUCUGGUUCUACGCAGUGGAGCCUAUCCAAGGUCCUCCAGGCUCAGGCUCGUCUGUUUUGCCUAACGGCACAGCUUUGUCGGGUGUAAACGGCCACCACAAUGGUAAUGCCGAUACAUCCGGCAAUGGCAGCUAUCUCUCAGACGCUGUCCAAGAUAGUGACGUCGCGAUGGAUUUCCGACGUAGCCUUGAAGGUAGCCUAUCCCCUGCUCUCAGCGUGGAAUCCUAGCGUCCUAGAGUGUUGACGGUCUCUAUGUUCUCUGCAUAUUUGUUCAGUUUUUUUUUUUGAUUCUCUCUUCUUUUCUUCUUUUCCAUCAUAU